UCCUCGAUUAUGCCUGUCUGUGGCUGCCACAGCCCCUCCCACCCUCAGGAAAGGCGAGCGUCCCCCACGCCCCUGCCCCCCCAGGAGGUGAGACGUCCUCCCCGGCGCCGUGCGGCCCUCUCCUCCCUCUCCCUUUCCCUCCUGGGCCUCCUGAUGUGCCUGUUCCACCUGCCCCCCGCUUGUCACUCUCGCAGAGACAAGGGCGGGGGCGUGGCCCACUACAUCCCCAUGGCCCAGCCCCCCCACCACCAGGUGCUGCCCAAGCUGGUGCAGGGCCUCAGCAUCGCUGUGGUGCUGGUGGGCAACUCUAGCGAGGUGGCGUUGGCGGGCGCCCGGGAGAAGGACGACUUCCUGCACAUGCCACUGGCGCCCAACGUGGAAGUGCUCACCAUGAACGAGACGGACCCAAAGAGCAUCAUCAAGAGCAUAUGUGACCUGAUGACAGAGCACUGGCUACAGGGUGUGGUGUUCGGGGACGACACGGAUCAGGAGGCCAUAGCCCAGAUCCUGGACUUCAUCUCCGCACAGACACAUAUCCCCAUCCUGGGGGUCCGCGGUGGCUCCUCCAUGAUCAUGGCUGCCAAGGAUGACAACUCUAUGUUCUUCCAGUUCGGCCCGUCCAUCGAGCAGCAGGCCUCGGUCAUGCUCAACAUCAUGGAGGAGUACGACUGGUACAUCUUCUCCAUCGUCACCACAUACUACCCCGGAUACCUGGACUUUGUCACCAAGAUCCGGAGCACCAUAGAGAACAGCUUUGUGGGCUGGGAGCUGGAGGAGGUUCUGUUGCUGGACAUGUCAGUGGACGAUGGAGACUCUAAGAUCCAGAACCAGCUGAAGAAGCUGCAGAGCCCAGUCAUCCUGCUGUACUGCACUAAGGAGGAGGCCAACACCAUCUUCGAAGUGGCCCACUCCGUAGGGAUCACGGGCUACGGCUACACCUGGAUCGUCCCCUCGCUGGUAGCUGGGGACGCUGAAGUGAUCCCUGCCGAGUUCCCUACAGGUUUAAUCUCUGUGUCGUAUGAUGAGUGGGACUACGGCCUGGAGGCUCGCGUGCGCGAUGGGGUGGCUGUCAUCGCCAUGGCAACCUCCACCAUGAUGCUCGACAGGGGGGCACACACCCUGAUGAAGUCUGAGUGCCACGGGGCCACGGACAAGAAGGGGCCCAUUGCUGGGAACCCCAAUGAGGUGCUCAGGUACCUGAUGAACGUGACGUUUGAGGGACGGAACCUGUCCUUCAGUGAGGAUGGCUACCAGAUGCAUCCCAAACUGGUCAUCAUCCUACUGGACAAGAUGAGGCAGUGGGACAAGGUGGGGAAGUGGGAGAACGGCUCCCUGUCCAUGAAGUACCACGUCUGGCCUCGCUUUGAGAUCUACUCAGGGGCAGAGAGCCGGGAGGACGACCACCUUUCCAUCGUUACGCUGGAGGAGGCUCCGUUUGUCAUCGUGGAGGACGUUGACCCCCUCAGUGGCACGUGUAUGAGGAACACUGUGCCCUGCAGGAGACAGCUCCAAACAAUAAAUAAAACCGUCGACUCUGGGAUCUAUAUCAAGCGCUGCUGUAAGGGAUUCUGCAUCGACAUCCUGAAGAAGAUCGCCAAGCACGUCAAGUUCACCUACGACCUCUACCUGGUGACCAAUGGAAAACACGGCAAGAAGAUCAACGGCACCUGGAACGGCAUGGUGGGAGAGGUGGAGACAAAAAAGGCCCACAUGGCGGUGGGCUCCCUCACCAUCAACAAGGAGAGGUCAGAGGUAAUUGACUUCUCGGUGCCCUUCAUUGAGACGGGCAUCAGCGUCAUGGUAUCCCGUAGCAACGGCACCGUCUCGCCCUCUGCCUUCCUCGAGCCCUUCAGUGCUGAUGUGUGGGUGAUGAUGUUCGUGAUGCUGCUGCUGGUGUCGGCGAUUGCUGUGUUUGUGUUUGAGUACCUCAGCCCUGUGGGCUACAACCGCUGUCUGGCUGACGGUAGAGAGCCUGGAGGGCCCUCCUUCACCAUCGGCAAGGCCAUCUGGCUGCUGUGGGGUCUGGUCUUCAACAACUCUGUCCCAGUGCAGAACCCCAAGGGUUGGACCAGUAAGAUCAUGGUGUCGGUGUGGGCCUUCUUCGCUGUCAUCUUCCUGGCCUCCUACACUGCCAACCUGGCUGCCUUCAUGAUCCAGGAGGAGUAUGUGGACCAGGUGUCUGGACUCAGCGACAAGAAGUUCCAGAGACCCAAUGACUUCUCCCCUCCGUUCCGGUUUGGGACGGUCCCUAACGGCAGCACGGAAAGGAACAUCAAGAACAACUACAAGGAGAUGCAUGGCUACAUGAUCAAGUUCCACCAGAAGAAUGUGGAUGAGGCCCUCUAUGGUCUGAAGACUGGUAAACUGGACGCCUUCAUCUACGACGCAGCAGUGCUGAACUACAUGGCCGGGAGGGACGAGGGCUGUAAGCUGGUGACCAUCGGCAGUGGGAAGGUGUUUGCCUCCACGGGCUACGGCAUCGCCAUCCAGAAGGAGUCUGGCUGGAAGAGACACGUCGACCUGGCCAUCCUUCAGCUCUUUGGAGACGGUGACAUGGAGGAGCUGGAGGCCAUGUGGCUGACGGGGAUCUGCCACCAUGAGAAGAACGAGGUGAUGAGCAGCCAGCUGGACGUGGACAACAUGGCCGGCGUCUUCUACAUGCUGGGGGCGGCCAUGGCUCUGUCGCUCAUCACCUUCAUCGCCGAGCACGCCUUCUACUGGCAACUGCGCUUCUGCUUCAUGGGCUACUGCACGGGCAAGCCAGGCUUCGUCUUCUCCAUCAGCAGGGGCAUCUACAGCUGCAUCCACGGGGUUCAGAUCGAAGAGAAGAGCAGCUCAGCUCUCGACUCUCCAUCGGUCACCAUGAACAACACCCAAUCCAACAUCCUGCGUCUGCUCCGAACCGCUAAGAACAUGGCCUCUCUGUCCGGGGUUAACGGCUCACCUCACAGUGCCCUGGACUUUAUCCGCCGUGAGUCAUCCGUCUACGACAUCUCCGAGCACCGCCGCAGCCUGGCAGGUCACUCGGACUGCAAGCCCCCGUACAUGCCGGAGGAUAACAUGUUCAGCGACUACAUCAACGAGGUGGAGAGGACGUUCGGGAACCUCCACCUGAAGGACAGCAACCUGUACCAGGACCACUACCUGCACCACCACGGAGGCUCUGCCCUGGGGCUCAGCGGCCCGCCACUUAACAGACCCCACAGCCUGGGCAGCAACAGCUCUCUGGAAGGGGGCAUGUUUGACUGUGACAGUUUAGGGGGAGGAGUGGCACCCAUCUUCACCACCCAACCACGCUCUGCCCUGACCCACAGGAACAUGAGUAAGUUUGACCUGAUUGCCGGUCAGAACCCACCCUCUGGGCCGGGCUUCAAAUCGGGACUUUCAGACCUGUAUGGAAAAUUCUCCUUCAAGGGAGGGGCCUCCAGCUCAGGUUACAUCCCCGGGCACGACAGGUACUGUGGGGGAGGGGGCAGAGAGGAUGACGGAAACAUUCGUUCAGACGUUUCAGACAUCUCCACUCACACGGUCACCUACGGGAACCUGGAGGGCAACGCUAAAAAGCGUAAGCAGUAUCGCGACAGCCUGAAAAAGAGGCCUGCCUCUGCCAAGUCGAGACGAGAGCUGGAUGAGAUUGAGCUGGGCUACCGGAGAAAGCCCUACCACACAGGCUACCACCACUACCACGGCCACCGCUCCUCCUCCCCGCCCCUACUGCCCUCCGAACGCAAGAGAGGAGGAGGGGGCAAUGCAGGGAGCACAUCCUACCUGUUCCGUGACAAAGAGAGUGUGAGGGAUUUCUAUUUGGACCAGUUCCGCCCCAAAGAUGGUGUCCCCCAAUGGGAACAUGUUGAUCUGACAGACGGUCCUGGAGGGGGGGGGGGGGGGAACUGCACCAGUUUGGUGUCAGUGGACGACUUCCUGAAACAAAAUAAACCCAAGAAAUCAGAGUCUAAGAGUGGGGGAGGCACAUCAGGGGCUGGGUUGGCAGGAGGAGACUGGGAGUGUCGUAACUGCCGUGCCAGCGGAGGAGGGGGCAAGCAGAUGUCGAUGCAUGGCAGCGGGGCGGGGGAGAGGGGAGGCGGAUAUGGUGGAGGGGUUAGUUGUGGAUCCUCGGGGGGUGGAGGGAACAGCCGUCCCAGCUCUGCCACCUGCAUGCGCUGCGAGGGCUGCAAAAAGACAGGCAAUCUGUACGACAUCAGUGAGGACAACAACCACCUCUUGGAACAGAUGGGGGGUGGGAAAGGCGGAGGCAUGGGGGCUGUGGGGUUAAGUGGAGGCGCCCAGCCUCAAUCUCAAGCCCAGCGUAGGAAGUCUGCCGGCUUUGGAAAGCCACUCCGACGGCAACACUCUUGCGACACCUUCGUAGACCUUCAGAAAGAGGAGGCAGUCGGAGUCAGGGGGGUCAUGGGGGAUCUAGGAGGGGGCGGUGGGGGCAUGGGGGGUGUAGGAAUGGGCGGGAUGUUGCCUCCCCCCAGAAGUGUUAGCUUAAAAGAGAAGGAGCGCUAUAUGGAGGGUGUUAGCCCCUUCGCCCACAUAUUUGAGAGGCAUGGAGGCUCAGAGAGGGAGAAAGAGCGAGACAGAGACCCCCUGUUCUAUGGUGGUGAGAUGGCCAAAGAAGCAGGGUCGCCAUUCGGCUUGUUCCGAGGUGGUGAGGGCCUGCACCGCCGCUCAGUGGGGGAAAGGGACAUGAGGGACAGAGAAAGAGCCAUGAUGGAGGGCGGUGGAGGAGGAACCUACUCCUUAUCCAAAUCUCUCUACCCGGAUAGGGUCAACCAAAACCCCUUUAUUCCAACCUUUGGUGACGACCAGUGUCUCUUGCAUGGCGCCAAACAAUACUACAUGAAAAAGCAACAGCAGCAGCAGCAGAUGCCCCCCAAAAACAGCCGAAGUGACUUCCGGGGCUCGGUGGGUGUGACGUCUUUCUUGCCAGCGACUGCCACUGCUGGGGUCAUGUCCACCGUGGCCCCCAGGUUCCCUAUGGAGAUGUGUCUGGGAGGGAACCUCCACGGCUCCACGCUGGGUUUGGGGCCAAUACAGCGCCCGUUCAAUGGCAGCAACGGGCACGUGUACGAGAAACUCUCCAGCAUAGAGUCAGACGUGUGAGAGAGGAGACUGGGUGGGGAGGCAUGGAGGGAGGGAGGCAUGGCAUUAGUGCUGGGAAGUCAGGGAUGACGAGGCACCACUGUCCACAUUGCAACCGCAAUACUUUUAACAAGGAAGGAGAUCAGUCAGGGAAGAGAAGAUGAACGACAGAAUGGUGAAAAGGUUCGACAGAAAAGAGCAGGGUGAGUUAGAAGGAAAGAUGGGGACAUUCAAGCCCUGUUAUUUUGUUACAAAACAAUGAAUACAAGAGGUGACACGUGGGUAGGGUUAUGUUAACUCUAUUAUUUAUUUGGCCGUUGCCAUCAACACACUCAAAAAGAACACAAAAUUGACACCUCUGAAUGUGAUAUUGCAAGUUUGAGCCAAAUGGCUUACAGAGUCACACCUACAGAGUGAUUAUGAGAAGGGAAUGUGAGUGAGUAGGGAAGUGUCCAUCUGGUCAAGUGUUAUUAGAGAAAGGAGAUGUUGUCAUGACUCAUGUUGAUGAUAGCUCUAAGACUGAAAAUGAGUGGAAGACGAUGGCCGUGUUUACCCCUUGCACUAACUCUCCCUCUUUUUGCCUCUACAAUCUUAGAGAAAAUGAUUCCAAAAGGGUUAU